AGGCACAACGAUCUUCCCCGGACUCCACCUUCAAGCAGAAAGGAGAUAAGGAAGUAGAUAUGCUUCUCAAAGUUGACUUUUGCCAAGCAGAAUGUUGUUACAUGCGAAGAAUCUAAAAGUAUGUUUCGUCUAUUUUGGCUUAGUUAGUGGUACUUACAUAAACUUCAGAGUUGUUGUUUCAGUCAAAUUAAGAGUAGAAAAAUAUCUUAUCAACCAAACCAUGAUGCCGGUCCAGUCAGCAUCCUUGGAGAUACGAACUUCCGGAUGGGAAGCAAGUCGUAGACGUCGCCCGCAUCCCAUGCACGUCGGUAUUCUUAUCUACAUUAUCUCAUCCGAGAUAAACAUGGCGUCCUUGUGGUCGCGCGGGGUCUACCCAGAUUCUAAUUAAGGCUUACAUCUGCAUAUAAGCAACAACGUGCCCAUAUAUCUUAUAUAUAAUGUCUUGCAAUUUUCACGAGAACAUUCAUUGAGUUUCACAAUACGUCGUCAAUAAUGGCGCAAAACGUAGAGAUAUCGAUGCUUCCGGUAGAAACGAAUAAUCCCCUGCAGAUAUCCGGUAGCUCGGAGAAAACCCCGGAGAAGAUAAACGAUGUGGAGAUGAGCGAGAAAAGUAGUAUAGCGGCUGGCGAGCUUCAAGAUGAUUCAGCUCCAAAAUACACCGACGAGCAGUAUAAACAGCUGAAAAGGAAGGCUGAUAGAUAUCUUCUACCAUUGAUGUGGCUUUGCUAUGGCAUCCAACAGACAGACAAAACUUCGAUCGGAACGCAGGCCACAUUUGGCCUUGCAAAGGAUACUGGACUGGUUGGACAGCAAUACUCAUGGCUCACGACGAUAUUUUAUAUCACGUACAUGUGCUUCGAGUUCCCGUCCAACAUCCUCCUGCAGCGGUAUCUAAUGGGCCGAACGUUAUCAUGCUAUAUGAUCUGCUGGGGUGUCAUCGUUCUAUGUAUCGGGUUUACGCACAACUUCACGCAGCUAGUCACCCUACGUGCGCUGCAGGGUAUGUUCGAGUGUUGUAUCUCGCCUGGCUUCAUUCUCGUCAUUGGAAGCUGGUAUACGACACGCGAACAUGCGUCGCGGUCGCUCGUCUUCCAGAGCGCCAAUGCUGGUUUUGGAAUCAUUGCCAACUUAAUUCUCUACGGGAUUGGAUCGCUACAGUACUCUCGGGGCCCUGAGUUCCAGGCUUGGCGAUACAUGUCUUAUUUCCUCGGUGGCAUGACGAUUCUCACCGGCUUUCUGUGCCUAGCCCUGCUUGGCACCCCGUCCGAAGUAAGAUGGCUAAGCCCGGAAGAGAGGAAGAUAGCCAAUGCCCGCAUUAUGAGCAAUAACACUGGCCACGACCGGACCGGCAUCAAGAGAUGGAAGUGGAAUCAAGCGCGGGAAUGUCUAGUCGAUCCCUGCUUCUGGUUAGCUGGAGUCAACGCGUUCUUGAGUUCGGUGCCUAACGGUGGAAUAACCGCCUUCGGAUCCAUUAUCAAUACCAGCUUCGGUUUCACUAAUUUACAAGUGAUUCUCCUCGAUAUACCGCGGAAUCUCACGUCCGUGUUAUGGUUCACCUUCAUCGGUAUUGUCACAAGCAGGAAGAAGAACCUUCGCAUGUAUUUCAUGAUUGGUUCCGUCGUUCCUCCGGUAGCGGGCUUUAUUAUGAUGGCGACGCUGCCUAACGAACCUCAUUACAAGUGGAUUAAGUGGGCAGGUUUCUUCAUCACUGUCCCGUGCGUGGUAGCGUUGUUUCUCGCUUGGACACUAAUUCCCUCAAACGUUGCCGGACGCACAAAGCGCACGUUGACAUCGUCAUUCACUUUUGUCGGGUACUGCGUGGGCAACAUGGUCGGAUCGCAAAUCUUCCUUGCAAAGGAUGCCCCACGAUAUAUCCCCGGUACCGCCGGCUGUGCCGUAUGCUUUGGGCUCGAGUUCAUCGUCCUGAUAGCAUGGCGGAUUGUGUUAGUCAUGCGGAAUCGACGGCGCGAAAAGUGGCUGAGCGAGCAAGGCAUCACCGAGGAGGAGAGAGUAGAGAGGGGCAAACAGCUCGGAGAACAAGACUGUACGGACUUCGAGAAUCCUUAUUUCCGCUACACAAUGUAGAAAAAAUCUACUACGACAAACAGCUCCUAAGCUAGACGUAGAUACAGGUUAUAUAGAACUAAGACGAUACCUAUAUUUCUUCAAGCCGCACAUAAAUAGAUAGGCCCAGAAGUCAUCAUCUAGGAUUUUUAAAUGUGUGCAAAAAUUCUAGUGACUUCGAGCGUAACAUGAUAUGUAAAACUAAGGUUGCUGAGCAUCAUAAGUGACCCGCACCGAAUUAGGCGUCAC